AUGUAUAUUCUAUGUAAAGGUUGGAUAAUUGUAUUAUUGAUAUGUUCAUUUAUUUGGAGAGCAAAUACAUAUAAAGCAGAACAAAUUAUACGUCGCGGUCCUGGUCAAGAUCCACAAUGUGCAGAUCCUUUAAUUAAUUCAGUUGAUAAAUUUCCAGAUACUUCAUUUUCAUCUAGUAGUGUUUGGAAGAACGCCACUGAUUUCCAGCCAUUUCGAGCUAGGUUAACAGAAGUUUAUGGAAGUAAUGAACAUACAAGUGGUUAUGCAUGGUGUCCAAAUACACACGUAGAGGAUGGUUUACGUGAAUGGAUUCAAGCAGAAUUUUCUCAUUUAGUCAUUAUUAGUGUUAUAUUUACAGCUGGGCGUGGUGAUGGAAAUGUAAAAGAAUAUAUGCCAAAUUUUGUUUUACGAUAUCAACGGGAAGAUAAUGGUGUGUGGUAUGAACAUGUAAAAACUGAUGGUACACGAGUCCUCAAAGCUAAUAAUGAUCCACGAAAUAUUGCUAGAACUACACUUGAUUCAGUGGUUAUCGCUAAACGUAUCCGUAUCUACCCUUAUAGUCAUCGAUCAAAACAACAAGUUUGCUUACGAUUCGCAUUGUAUGGAUGUGAUUUCCCAGAUGGUGUCAUAUCUUAUUCAAUGCCACAAGGUGAUACUAUCACAUAUGGUCAACAAUUAUUAUUCGGUUCACCUUAUUCUACUAUUCCACAAAAUUUUCAAGAUUUAACUUAUGAUGGUCAAUUGAUUGAAUUAGAAAAUCAAUUGGUCGGUGGAAUAGGUCAAUUAAUGGAUAAUAUUGCUUAUUUAGGCAAUGUUACUCAACAUUCAGAUUCUCAUCCAGCUCAACCUGGUUUUCAUUUUAUUGGUUGGAAUGUUCCAAAUAAGAAUUUACGCAUUGUUUUUAAAUUUGAUGAAGUUCGGACUUUUAUUUGGUUACGUAUAUUCACAUUCGACUCUGUCCCAUUGAAAUCACGUGUAUUUUCACAAGCUAUCGUUGAAUUCAGUAUGGAUGGAAAGAAUUUUGAUAAAUCCAUUGAAAUUUCAACAAAUCAUGCUCGUCUAAUUGAUCCAAGUCAAAUUAAUCCAACACGAUUGUCUAUAUCUGAUAAUGAUAUACAAUCGUCAUCAUCAUUAUCUAGAUUGAAAAGAACAUCAAAUUCAAUGCACAAUGGAUUAAUUCAAGACACUAUAAUUUAUAAUAAUCAUGAAUGGGAUGGUGCAUUAGUAGUACAAAUCCCAUUAGCCAGUUAUAGAGCGCGUUAUGUUAGUUUGACUUUAACAUCAACUGACUCAUGGAUUUUAUUAUCUGAAGUACAAUUUAAUUCAACUAUUGUACAGCCUAAAUCUCUACUACCAAUAGGGGAUCAUUCAGAAAUAUUAAAUAAACAAGAUAUAAGAAACUCUAAUAAACCUAUGAAUCCAGAAAUUCAUUCAGCAAUGAGUGUAGGCAAUGAGAAGUCACUUACAUCAAAUCAUGAAAUUCGUUCAGCUGAAGAAAUCUUGAGAAAAUGUAAACAUUAUUUACAUUUUAAACAUCAAUGUUGUAAACAAUUAACAGUUGAAACAACAGGGAUUUCACCUAAUCAAUCCGGUGGAUUUUAUUCACCACUUUCUUUAAUUGGUACAUGUGGAAGUACUAAUCAUCAUCCUCAUGGAGUGAAUAGUUUAUUAAAUUAUAAUGUUGUAAAUACAAUGAAUAUUCCAGAAGCUGCAAAACUUUUACAAUCUUUAUCUACGCUAUCACCUAAUACAAGAACAACGUUAACAACUACAACAACAGAUAAUUUUGUACAUAAUAAUAAUAACAAUUGUUUAUCGAAUAAUGGUGGAAAUGUUGGCGGUGUCGGCGUCAAUCAUACUGUUCUGCAUCAUCCAAAUAACAUAUUACAAUAUACUAUGAAUAAUAAUAGUAAUACUUUAGCCACAGAAAGUAAUUCAGUCAUUGUAAAUAAUAACAAUAAUCGAUUAUUCGGUACAACAUGUGCUAAUAGUAUUGGUGGGAUCGGGGAUGGUCGUAUAAGUAAAUUAGAUUAUGCAUCUACAAUUGGUCAACCAUUACCACCUCCACCUCCCCCCACACUACCAAAUGGUUUAUUACUACCUUGUAUACCUCAAACUGGUGUUGUCGGUGGUAUUGGUAUGAAUAAUCAUAAUCACCCUGGAAAAACUGAUCAGCAUCACCACCAAAUCAUUGAACAACCAACAAGUAUAUAUAUGCAAACCAAUGCUGCUAAUCGAUUGGUUGGAAAUGAUUUGAAUAGUUUAAAUGGAAUGAGUCCUGAAUAUGCCAGUGCAUCUAUAUUCGGCUUUACACCACCACCAUCGGAUCUAUCAGAUGGAGCAUCUAUUCACUGUGGAGAGAACAACAAUAAUGGUAAUAAUAAUAUUCCAUCGAAUUAUUACCGCCCAAUUUUUUCAAGACUUGGUAAUAAUCAACAUUAUCCAACAUCUGGUUUGAUGCCUAAUUUAAAUUCCAAUUACAAUGGACCUCUUAGUACAUUAUCGAAUACAGGAGGGCCAACUUAUGAAUUGCAUACAAAAAUGCAUAUUUCACCUAACGACACUAUAAAUAAUAAUAAUAAUAAUAAUAACAAUAAUGUUAAUAAUAAUGAGCAAUUUUAUUCAUCAACUGUAAAUCAACCAAAUGCAACAGGAUUUUUAUUUCUUCCACGUUCACAAAUUGGAAAUGUUGGGGGAGGUGGAGGCGGCACUAUGAUGAAUCGAAUAUCGUUUGCUACUAAUCAAUUUCCACAAUUGAAUCAUACUAAUAUUCCUAGCAAUAAUGGAUUUAUAUCUGUAACAAGUGGAGAUUUAUAUAAUAUCUAUCAAACAACUGGGAUAAAUCUACCAAUUCAAUCAAAUUUACAGACCUCUCUACAACAGCAACAACAACAACAAAUGUACUGUCAACAACAGCCAACUGAAUAUAAGUUUAUUAAACAAUCUGAUGAUAAUACAACAUGGCAAUUAUCAUCAGCAUUAUCGAAUAAUCGACAAUCAAUUAUUAUCAAUUCGACACCUCAACAGAUAUCACCAUUUACCGAACAAUGUUUAAAUAAUUUAGAUUCUUCAUGGACCGGUACUGUAAAUAAUAAUAAUAAUGAUAAUAAUUCUCAUAGAAUAACAAAUAUAACAGAUACAAAUAUAAUGGGUACAUUGAAAGCUAACUAUUUCCUCCCUAUUAUGAAUACGUCAACUACACUAAAUAAUAAUAAUGAUAAUAAUAAUCCUAAACACGAUGAACAACAAAUUGCACAAUCAUAUUUUCUUGCAAAUCAUCAACAAGGGAAACAACAACAAAUUACUUAUCCUUCGUUUCCUCCUCCACCGCCACGAAUACUUACUUCAAUAAAUUCAGGGAUAUUGUCAACUACAUCACCAUCAACAACAAUAUCAACAACCAUUACAUCACCGAUAUCAUCAAAUGAACUAAAUUUUUCUCGUAGUAGUCCAGUAGGUGCAACAGAGGCAAUAACAACAAUAUCGACAGAAUCUGGAGCUACGAAUGGGGAUAGUGGGGGUGGUUUUUAUACAAUGAUUGAUUGAAAACACAAUAUCUUAUCCUCCUGUACCAUUUUAUUCUGUAUGUUUAUAAGAUAUCAUUUUCUAUGUAGAAGUUAACACUAACGACAACAGCCAUAAUAAUAAUGGUAGUAGCAGUAGCAGUAGUGAAUAACACCUUUAUAGGACUGUGUAUUACAUAAAAUACAAACAUUUAUCAUGCAUAUAUAUAUGGAAAAAUCUAUGUGUAUAUUUGCCUUAUUUCUAGUAUGAACAGGGAAUUCAUUUGGAUACAUGUUUGAUAUAACAAGGCAGUUCGCUUACUGACUACUGCAAAUAAUAGUAUCAAUGAUACUACUUCCUCGUCCCCCCCCCGACAGGGGUGUGUGUAUGGAUUAAAAUAUUUCUAUUUCAACUUGUACAAAAUAAGUUUUUGUUUGUUUUUUCUGAAAAAUAAAAAAAAGAAACAACUCGAUAUAAAUUCCAUUGAUUUUCCCUUUCUUAUUGUUGUUGAUUGUUCUGUCAAAUCAUCAUCAUCAUCAUGUUUGUUUGUUUUAUUAAAAGAGAAAGAAUAAUCGUCAUCUUCACCAUCGUUGAAUCUGAUUUCUGUCUUGAUUAAAAUGUGUUUACAUGCUUUGUUUUUUUUUUUUACUGUUUUCUUCCUUCAAUAAUUGUCUUCCAUGAUUCACACACACACAAAGGAAAACGAGGGAAUGAUUAUUUCAUUUUCAUUUUAAAGAAUCAAUAACAAAAUCUUCCAUAUUUCAAUGAGAACAUUCAACACUUUACCCCCGGUGGUUGUUACUCUUUCUCUUCUCUUUAUUUUUUUGUAUUUAAAAAAGUUGGAUGUAUGUAUAUCUUCUGCAUGUUUUGUUUUUCCGUUGAAAAAUGAAAACUCAACUAAGAUGAACUUGUAAAAAUGGGAUUUGUAUAUGAUUGAUUAACAGUUUAUCUUUCACAGCUAUUCUACUAUUACAACAACAACUAAUUAUCCAUUUGAUUUUCUAAAUAGAAAUAAAAUUUCCCGAUUUCUAAGAUUAUUCUUUCUUGACUUGAAUUAAAUGCUAAUUGUCUAUUCUUAUGUUAUGCAUGUAUUUCACAUGUGUGUGCAUGUGUAUGUUUUGAUAAAAUUCAUCAGUAUGUGAUAAUUUGAUGAACAUUAAAUUCCAUCAUAAAGUUUUGUUUCUGUGCUGAAGUACCCCCCACCUCCACCCCUUAACUACUUUCUUUUUUCAGAAAGAAUAAUAAUAAUAAUCAAUUGGGAUUUUAAGUGUAUUGGUGACUAACAUUGAUAAUUGUGUACACAGAUUUAUUCCUAUUCAUCAUUAGUAAAUUUAACCCAACAUCAUUUUAAUACCGUUUUUAUUGUUAAAAAGAAAAAAAAUAAUAAUAUGUGUACAGUACAUUUUUCUGUUUAUAUUUGUCCAAUGCUUCAAUUAGUUUAAUCUGAGGUUUUGAAUAACAAACAAAAUUUGCUAAAUGUUUCCAUUUGUGUGUAUAUGAAGUCUGUGAUUAAUAGAUGUGUUUAAUUGUUGUCGUUGAUGUUGUUGUGGUCAACAGUUUUUUUCUUAUUACGUAAGAUUGACCGGUCGAUUAGAAGUGUAUUUGUUUGUUUCAAAUGCUUGCAUGUAUGUGUAUUCAUACAUAAUAAUAGUAUAUUAUCCUUUUGUAAUUCUCAUCGCUAUCUCCCCCUCCUCUCCUAUGUUUUCUUGUUUGUAUUUUCAUUGGAUUCAAUUAUUUAUUUUUUAUUGUGUUAAAAGGACAGUGAAAGGAGACUAAAAGCGACAUCAUUACAAAUUGUGGUGUUUGAUUGGGGAAGUUUUCUCUUUUUUUUUUCCCGGAUGUUCAAAAACGUCGUGUUGAUAUUUUUCAAACAAAAAUAAAGAUUAUUACUCGCAU